UCGUCACCGUCUUCUUUUUCCUCUGGAUCUGGUCCUUUCUAUGUUCGUCUUUCUCACUGUUCUUGAAUGGCGAAGAGUAGCGUGAGGGAUAACUUUCCUCUGUCGCGAUUCGGCGUUCUUGUGGCGCAGCUGGAGUCGAUCGUGGCUUCAGCAUCGCAGAAAUCCCCUGAUCCUCUACUCUGCUUCGAUAUCCUUUCUGAUCUAAUUUCCGCCAUUGAUGAUGAGCCCAAGGAGACAAUACUGUUGGGACAAAGAAAAUGUGAAGAUGCUUUAUAUUCUUUAGUCACUCUUGGCGCCCGGCGACCUGUACGUCAUUUGGCGUCAGUAGCCAUGGUGAGAAUAAUGUCAAAGGGUGAUAGCAUUUCGAUAUACUCAAGAGCAAGCAGUUUACAAGGGUUUCUCUCUAAUGGGAAGCGGAACGAUCCUCAACGAGUUGCCGGUGCUGCCCGAUGCCUGGGAGAGUUGUAUCAUCAUUUUGGGAGAAAAAUUACAUCUGGUUUGUCUGAAACAACAGUUAUCGCAUCAAAGCUGAUGAAGUUUCAUGAGGAAUAUGUGAGACAAGAAGCCUUUCUUUUGCUUCAGAAUGCUCUGGAAGGCUGCGGUGGUACAGCUGCUGCCACUGCGUAUGGUGAAGCAUUCCGUCUCAUCACACGAUUUGCCACUUUGGACAAAUCUUUCGUCGUAAGAAUAGCUGCUGCUCGUUCUUUGAAGGCUUUAUCCAACAUUGGAGGACCAGGUCUAGGUACUAGUGAAUUUGACACUUUAGCCUCUUGCUGUAUCAAGGGUCUUGAAGAUUCAGUAUCAUCCGUCCGGGAUGCAUUUGCCGAGGCCCUGGGCUCCCUGCUUGCUCUAGGAAUGCAUCCUGAAGCUCAAGUCCAACCUAGAGGUAAAGGUCCAUUUCCUCCAGCAAAGAAACUUGAAGGUGGUUUGCAGAGACAUCUUAUUUCACCCUUCACCAAAGCAUCUGGAUCUCGGGUGAAGGACAUCCGAGUUGGUUUGGCUCUAUCAUGGGUGUUCUUUUUACAGUCCGUUAGAAUAAGGUAUUUGCAUCCAGAUAGUGAAUUUCAAGGCUAUACUUUACAAGUCUUGGAAAUGCUACGUGGGGAUACUUCAAUUGAUGCCCACACACUGGCAUGCGUUAUUUACAUCUUGCGGGUGGGUGUUAUUGAUCAAAUGACAGAACCUACCCAGAGGAGCUUUUCAGUUUUCAUGGGAAAGCAGCUUCAGAAAUCAGAUGCUACUCCAUCUAUGAAAAUUGCUGCUUUACGUACUUUGUCAUUUACAUUGACAACGUUGGGGGAGGUACCCCAAGAAUUCAAAGAGAUUUUUGAUGACACAGUUGGUGCAGCAUUGUCACAUUUUUCACACCUUGUGCGUGUUGAGGCUGCUUUGACAUUACGUACCCUAGCUGAGGUUGAUCCUACCUGCGUUGGUGGGUUGACUUCGUAUGGUGUAACCACUCUCAACGCUUUACGAGAAAGUGUAUCUUUCGAAAAGGGUGGCAACUUGAAAGCGGAUCUUGAUUCCUUGCAUGGGCAAGCUAUAGCUUUGGCUUCUCUAGUUUCCAUAUCUCCGAAACUCUCCCUUGGUUACCCUGCUAGAUUGCCAAAAUCAGUUUUUGAAGUUUCAAAGAAGAUGCUAACAGAAUCGAGGAGAAAUGCUAUGGUUGGCUCAAGUGAAAAGGAAGCCGGAUGGCUGUUGUUGUCAUCACUAUUAAAUUCUAUGCCUCUGGAGGAACUUGAAGAUCAAGUUUUUGAUAUUCUAUCCCUGUAUGCUGACCUUUUUACGGGGGAUGUGGAACAUUUAGUCAAACAUCAUGCAGACUUAAUAUCUACAUUAAGUGUUUGGUCUGCUGCAAUUGACGCACUCGCAGCUUUUGUGCGACGUUUUGCCUCAUCCAAUGAUGGUAUUUUACUUCAACCAGUUCUUGUUUACCUUAGUAGGGCAUUGUCUCAUGUAUCUGCAAUAGCUGGCAAACAGUUACCUGAUAUCAAGGCUCUUGUGGACAUACUCAUUGCUAGGGUGUUGAUUGCUUAUCAAUCCAUCCCUGACCCCUUUACCUAUAAAAGUGAGCAUCAACAAAUUAUUCAGUUAUGCACAGCACCCUAUAGGGAUCCUUCUGGGUUUGAGGAAAGCUCGUGUUUGAAGGCACUCCUAGACAGAAGAGAUGCAUGGCUGGGUCCUUGGAUUCCUGGAAGGGAUUGGUUUGAGGAUGAACUUCGUUAUUUUCAAGGUGGGCAGGAUGGCCUACCACCAAGUGUAUGGGAAGAUGAAGUUUCUAGUUUUCCUCUACCAGAGACAGUAAAGAAGACUGCAGUUAACCAGAUGCUACUUUGUUUUGGUACCAUGUUUGCCUCUCAGGAUAGUAAUGGAAUGCGUCAACUACUUUCAGUUAUUCAGCAGUGCAUGAAAGCUGGAAAGAGGCAACAAUGGCGUGCAGCAGUCUUAACGAAUAUCUGUGUGGGGCUCCUUGCUGGAUUAAAGGCUUUGCUUAAUCUGCACCCUCAACCAUUAGAGCCAGAAGUAUUAAGUACGGCUCAAACCAUUUUUCAGAAUAUUUUGGUAGAGGGAGAUAUAUGUGCAUCACAACGUAGAGCAGCAUCUGAGGGUCUCGGCCUUCUAGCUCGCCUUGCAAAUGACAUCUUUACAGCAAGAAUGACAAGAGUUCUUCUCAACGAUCUCAAUGGGAUAACAGAUCCAAGCUAUAGUGGAUCUAUUGCACUGGCACUUGGCUGCAUCCAUCACAGUGCAGGAGGAAUGGCAUUGUCCACCUUAGUACCCACUACUGUUACCUCAAUCUCUUCCAUGGCCAAAGCUUCUAAUCUUGGUCUACAGAUCUGGGCUUUGCAUGGACUUCUGUUGACCAUUGAAGCUGCUGGUUUGUCUUUUGUAUCUCAUGUUCAGGCAGCGCUAGGACUUGCCUUGGACAUUCUGUUGACUGAAGAAAGUGGAUGGAUUGACCUUCCACAAGGCAUAGGGCGUCUUAUUAAUGCUAUUGUUGCUGUUCUUGGUCCAGAGCUUGCUCCCGGAAGCAUUCUUUUUACUCGCUGCAAGUCUGUUGUUGCAGAGAUUAGCUCCUGGCAAGAAACGCCAACACUUCUCGAGAGCGUAUGUUUUACCCAGCAGCUUAUUCUAUUUGCUCCCCAAGCUGUUUCGGUGCAUGCCCAUGUGCAGAAUCUUCUACUGACGCUGGCAUCAAGACAGCCAAUAAUAAGGCGACUCUCUGUAUCUACCCUUCGGCAUCUAAUUGAAAAAGACCGGUUUUCUGUCAUUGAUGAGCAAAUAGAAGAUAACUUAUUUCAGAUGUUGGAUGAAGAAACUGAUUCUGAGAUUGGGAACUUGAUACGUAGUACUUUGACACGCUUGCUUUACGUAACUUGUCCAUCACGUCCAUCUCGGUGGAUAUCAAUAUGCCGUCGCAUGGUCCUUGUAGCAUCUGCUGGAAGGAGUGCUGAAAUGAACACUGCUGAAAAUGAUCCUGAUGAUACAAGAGCAAACUUUGGAGAUGAUGAUGAAGACAUGGUUUCUAGCUCUAGAGGGAAACAGUUUCAUACCAAUCCUGACAAAGACAAAACCCUAAGAUAUCGAACCAGGGUUUUCGCAGCUGAGUGUUUGAGUCUUCUACCGGAAGCUGUUGGGAAGGAAGCUGCUCAUUUUGAUCUAGCAUUGGCUAGGAGACUGGCUGCUGAUAGACAAAGUUCAGGUGACUGGCUGGUCCUCCACUUGCAGGAACUAAUAUCACUUGCUUAUCAGAUAAGUACUAUUCAAUUUGAAAACAUGCGUCCUAUUGGAGUUGGACUUCUCAGUACCAUCCUAGAGAAGUUUAAUACAGUGGCUGACCCUGAACUUCCUGGGCAUCUUCUUCUGGAACAAUAUCAGGCUCAACUCGUGUCAGCUGUUCGUACAGCCUUGAAUGCAUCUUCGGGCCCUGUUCUCUUGGAAGCUGGGUUACAUUUGGCCACUAAGAUAAUGACCAGUGGGAUAAUAAGUGGAGAUCAAUUUGCAGUCAAACGAAUCUUUUCGCUAAUUUCACGUCCACUCAACGACUUCAAGGAAUUGUAUUAUCCUUCAUUUUCUGAAUGGGUCACGUGCAAGAUCAAGAUCAGGCUUCUUGCUGCGCAUGCCUCGCUUAAAUGUUAUAUAUUUACAUUCUUGAGAAGACACCAUGGUGAGGUGCCUGAUGAAUUCGAGGCACUGUUGCCAUUAUUUUCCAAGAGUUCAGACCUUCUUGGAAGGUACUGGAUGCAGAUCCUAAAGGACUAUAGUUGUGUUUGCUUAUGCCAGAACCUCAAAAAAAGCAGGUAUUCGUUCCUAAAUGAAAUCCAGUUAUAUACUGUUACCCGAAGGUUGCAGCCUUGCCUGGAAGAGGCUUGGCCAGUUAUUCUGCAGGCACUUGUUCUGGAUGCAGUUCCUGCAGGACUUAGUACAGAAGAAUUUUCAGCCAGGAACUUGGUAUCUAGACACUGCAUGGUUGAACUAGAGGUGGAAGAUUAUCAGUUUCUUUGGGGUUUUUCUCUACUUGUCUUGUUUCAAGGGCAACAUCCAGUCUCUACAACACAAGUAAUACCUUUUGGUUCAGCUAAAACAAAAUAUGGUGGAGAUUUGAGCGCAGAAGAAUCAAAUUUCCAGGGCCUCAAGUUAUAUGAAAUUGUAUUACCAGUUUUCCAAUCUCUUUCUGCUGAGAGAUUCUUCUCCAGAGGCUUUGUUACCAUAAGUAUCUGCAAAGAGUUGUUGCAGGUUUUCUUAUUUUCCUUUUAUAUGGACACUUCAUGGGAUAUUCUAGCAAUUCCGAUAUUGCUACAGAUUUUACAAAACUGCCCAAAAGAUUUUCUUGACGUGGAGCAGUUUGCCUACAUGACCAUGGAACUCUGUCUGGGGCACCUUUUCAAAAUUUUCAACAGUGAUCUUGCAGUUUUGCCAGAUGAUGCAAUUUGGGAGGAUCUGUUAUCUCCAUUAUUUCUUUCUAUAGACACCCUAGUGAAACGUUUGGAGUUAAAGAAUCAUUUCAAGUCAGUACCUCUGGCUUUUGUAUUAAGUGGGUAUAAAUGCAUCCGACAAGCCUCAACAGACUCGUCCCUCUCAAAGGUUGUUGAGAUUGUGAAGUCUGCUAAUGGGUUACUGCAAGAACUUACCAGUGCCUUAUCGCAAAACCCCGGUAGUGAGGCCUCUGAUCUUCCCGGGGAUCGGAGUGUGCAUCUUAGUACGGUUUUGGGUGCGUGUCUGGACAUGGUUGGCGAGCUCACUAGGGAUUGUGUUGAGGGCAUUCAUCUUGUGGACAACAAAGGAUCAAAACUACAAAAGCUCCUUCAGUUAAAGCUUGUGUUCUGUCUGGAACAACUUUUUUCACUGGCUAAGCUUGCAUACGAGAUUGAUUUUCCAGGAGAUGGAAGUCAAGACAAUCUCAUUUGCUUUUAUGUCUUGAAGCCUUGCCUUGUCAGCUUUCAAACUGUAGUUAGAGAUUCCAAUUUGCAGGUUCAAGCUACUGCAUUGCAAGUGCUGAAAAGCUUGGUGCAGCAUUCGAUAAACCCAGAGGAAAAGAAUUUUCUCUUCUUCUUUGUCGGAGAACUUAUCGAGGAUAUUUUCAGUCUGAUGAAGGGGACGGUUCAGAGAACUAUGAAUAAGGAAUUGGUGGUUAUAGCGGGUGAAUGCUUGCGGGUUAUAAUGCUUCUUCAGACGCAAUCCGAUGCUACCGAAUAUCAGAGGGGAUUCAUGAACCUUUUUCUUGAAGCGAUUAUUAUGGUGUUCUCAAAGACAUCAGAUAGUUACUCCCAGGAAGUUGUAGAGCUAAGAAAUGCAGCUUUGCGACUUGUUACACAUAUCGCUCAGAUGCCUUCCUCUUCCAUUCACUUCAAGGACGUCUUGCUUUCACUCCCAACAACACACCGGCAGAAGCUUCAGGAUAUUAUCCGUGCUUCUGUUACUCAAGAUGCUAUGGUUCCGAAGUCAAAACCCUUGAUACCAGCAAUGGACAUCAAACUGCCUGCAGCACCCGUAAUAGGAACACCCGAGAAGGUUACCUUGUCAGCUGCCUCGAUUCUGAAAGCAGACACACCAGAAGCUGCUCCAACUUCAUCCAAUCAGAUCAGCAUAGAAGAAAGCAGAAAAGAAGAGGGAAAUGAUGGAGAUGAUGAUGAUGAUGAUGAUUGGGACACGUUCCAGUCUUUUCCUGCAUCCACUGUUGGAGGUUCUGAUCCAAAUACGGAAAGUGUUGCUGAAGAACCAGGAUUGGCAGCCGAGGAGAGCUUAUCUCCUGAAAAUAACGAAGCAGAAGAGAUUAAUAAUGCACAAAUCUCAGAAGGGUCCAAUGAUCUUCAUGUUGCAUCAGAUGCAGCGGCUGGUGAAAAGAGGGAAGAAUCUGGAGAUCAAACUUAUGGAAUGGAAGAAAAAAAAGAAGAAGAAACAGAACUUCCAUCUGUAAUGGGAGAGCCAGUUGCAAGCCAAGUGGAUAAAACCUCAUCUGAUUAUAAGAUUGUUGAGAAAACAGAAGAAUCACUGAAGGAGGAGGUGGAACCUAAGAGUCCCGACCUUGAAGAGAUUGAACUCGAGGUCCAAGUUCAAUCAACUGAGAAAGGCACACAGAUUCAUGAACACCCAGGAGACAGCCAUGUAACUGAACUUCAACAAUCUUUAGAUCCUCAAGCUCCCGAAGAACAAUCUCAGAAACACGAAGCCACCGAGACAGACAGAAGUAGUAGGCGAAGCGGAGGACAUGUCGGAGAUGAUGAGGGAUGCUAUGGAUAAGACAAAGGCUGAAAAUGAAGACCAAACACAAAGAGUCAUGGUGAGUAGGGAACACCAGUGACUUUAUGUUACAGAGGCUUCUUGGAACAUAUUGAGGUAUGUUGGUGAAACCAUCCAAUGUUCUUUCAUUAUUGUUUUCUUUUUUUCCGUCUUAAAAUGUUGUUCGUCAUUCUAUUUUGUUUAAAAUCGAAGAACUCCAAAACAGCGAAGCGGGACUUUGCAUAGUUUAAGGUAAUCUUUGAAUUUUUACAAUCUUGAACUUUUCUUUCUCUUUGUCGUAAUUAUUGAUGGAUUUCGAAA